UAGAUAACUUUUAGUCUAUAUAAAAGAAAAUCCAUUGAAGCUUGUUGAGAUCGCUCGUAAUAAGAAGAAGAGGCUGUUGUUUUCCUUUAUUUGAUAUUUAUUGGAUAAAGAAAGAAGAUAAGUAGUAGCAAAGAUGAUGCUCAGGAUUAAGAGGGUUCCCACUGUUGUUUCGAAUUACCAAAAGGAUGAGGCGGAGAAUGCUGGUCGUCGUAGCGGCGGAUGUGGAAAGAAUUGCCUUAGAAGCUGUUGCAUUCCAGGAGCAAAGCUUCCUUUAUAUGCUUUCAAGAAGGUGAACAAUAUGGAGCUUGAAGAAGACGUUCUUAAAAUUGAGAACAAAGAGCCCCCAGUUGCUUUUCUUGACUCACUCGUUCUUGGAGAGUGGGAGGAUCGGAUGCAAAGAGGACUCUUUCGCUAUGAUGUCACUGCCUGUGAAACCAAGGUGAUUACUGGUGAAUAUGGCUUUAUUGCCCAGCUGAAUGAGGGCCGUCAUCUUAAGAAGAGGCCAACUGAGUUCCGUGUUGAUACAGUACUUCAGCCAUUUGAUGGCAACAAAUUCAACUUCACCAAAGUUGGACAAGAAGAGGUACUCUUCCAGUUUGGAGCAAGUGAAGAUGGUGAAGUUCAGUUCUUUUCAAAUGCUCCCAUUGACGUCGAAAAUUCUCCAAGUGUGGUUGCCAUUAAUGUUAGUCCCAUUGAAUAUGGACAUGUGCUGUUGAUCCCUCGGAUUUUUGAAUGCUUUCCUCAGAGGAUUGAUCGGGAGAGCUUCUUGCUUGCACUUUAUAUGGCAGCGGAAGCCGGGAAUCCAUACUUCAGAUUGGGUUACAACAGCUUGGGCGCAUUUGCUACAAUCAAUCAUCUUCAUUUCCAGGCUUACUAUUUGGCUAUGACCUUUCCCAUCGAGAAAGCUCCAACCAAGAAGUUAACAACUUUGACCGGUGGAGUGGUUGUCUCAGAGCUCUUAAAGUAUCCAGUGAGAGGUCUUGUGUUCGAGGGUGGUAAUACUCUACGGGACUUGUCUAAGACUGCAUCUGAUGCUUGCAUUUGCCUCCAAGAAAACAACAUACCGUACAAUGUCCUCAUCUCUGAUUGUGGAAAGCGGAUCUUUCUCCUCCCACAGUGUUAUGCUGAGAAACAAGCCCUCGGGGAAGUGAGUCCGGAGAUUUUGGACACCCAGGUGAACCCAGCCGUGUGGGAAAUUAGUGGUCAUAUGGUGUUAAAAAGGAGGAAGGACUAUGAUGAAGCAUCUGAAGAAAAUGCUUGGAGGCUACUUGCCGAGGUUUCUCUCUCUCAAGAGAGGUUUUGCGAAGUCAAUGCACUUAUUUUUGAAGCCAUUGCGGGCAGUGAAGAUGUUAUUGGAAAUGGCACUGAGACUUCAAUUGAGGCUCCUUCACUCAAAGAAGACGAUGCCAUUGCUGAAAGCUCCCACCGGGGUAUGGUGUCUGGCACUCGAGAGUGCCUUGUUUUGGAGUAACAAGCAGAACUUGUAAUAUAGCACUGGCCCUUUCUGGGGUUCAGAAUUUUGGUGUCUUCUGUCCAGGACUACGAUUGUGUUUAGAACCUUUGUUACUUGGAUUCAAAUGGGGGUGUUCGAUUCCGAGUUGUAUCUGACACAGGUAUGGUUUAGAAUUUUUUCGUGUUUGGAGGAUUCUUGGAGUUCAAAUCCUUGUCUUCAACUCCGUGUGUCAAAGACGAGUAUUGGCUUGGACAAGUUUUUCAAGAAAAAUAGAGUCCGAGUAACAUAAUUUAAAACUUGGCAGCCUAAGCAAAAUUGAAUUUUGCAGUGCUGUGCUGUAAGGGUAUUCCUCUUUUGUAAACUUUAUGCUUAUUUGCUCCAUUACCA